AUGGAACUUCACUUCAAAGACCUCGAUCUGUUCCCAGAACAUCUCCUCAACAAAGAACAAAUGCUUCCCAUACUGCAAAAGUACUUCUCACUCACUUUCCUGAAAGAGUGUCUUGCAGAACAAAUUGCUGUCGAUAAAAGCCAUUCAGCCCACCGGAUUAACCCCUGUCCGGUUGACUCUGCUCUCAAGGACUGCGUGGCGCAGGUUCUGGUGUCCAGCAACAAAAACUUCAUCAAAAUUGUGCAUUGCUACCUGCUUGAAGCUGGCAAGGAGAAACAAGCUGAAGAGUACCUGCAAAAGGUGAGCCCUGCAUCUCGGGUCCAACACUUGGACUCUAUCAAGAUGUGGAAUUACCUUACUCUGCCAUUCCAGGUGUUCAAGGUAAUGGAAGAUAUGGGAUUAGGCACAAAUCCUUCCGGUUUCUUCAUGCCUCCAACACCACCUGAGGUUUUUCCCACUCCGGCACCGGACUGGACGCCCGGCCAGGCUAUGGCCGACGGUAACGUUCCGUGA